UAUUUAGAGGCGGCGCUUGUUGCCUUCAGUGAGUUGCGUCGAAACGACACUUUUUUUCAAUCCCCGUAAAAAAAAAAUAGUUUGACCAGGAGCAGAGUUGGAGCUGGGGGGCGACUGGUUCUGGGGGGUGAUUGCUGUUUUUCAGCAAUAUUUUUAUUUUUUAUUUUCUUAUUAUUUUUGUACUUUUGCCUUCAAUUUCAUUUCCGCGUGAUUUGAUUUCAUAUCAAGAUUUUGCCUUUAGAUCAUGAACAAACUAUAUGUCGGGAAUUUAAGUCCUUCGGUCACUGUCGAGGACUUGAAGCAGCUCUUUGGCGAGAGAAAGCUUCCUGGGGCCGAUCAGGUUCUACUGAAAUCCGGCUAUGCUUUUGUGGACUUCCCGGACCAAAACUGGGCCAUAAAAGCUAUUGAGACUCUCUCUGGUAAAGUAGAAUUACAUGGGAAGGUGCUUGAGGUGGACUACUCGGUUCCUAAAAAGCUAAGGAGUCGGAAGAUCCAGAUCCGGAACAUUCCCCCUCAUCUACAGUGGGAGGUUCUGGACGGCCUCCUAGCUCAGUAUGGUACUGUAGAGAACGUGGAACAAGUAAACACAGACACAGUGACAGCAGUGGUGAAUGUGACAUACGCAACCAAGGAAGAAGCUAGAGUAGCCAUAGAGAAGUUGACAGGUCACCAGUUUGAGGACUACUCUUUCAGGGUCUCCUACAUUCUGGACAUGGAUGCUGCUCCCCCUCCACAGGCCCCCCGAAUGCGCCGAGGGGGUCGAUCGUCCCGCGAUCAGGACGGGGCCCAGCCUGGGCCAUCUGGGGGCUUCGGAGGGCCUCGACACAAACAGCACGACUUCCCGCUACGCAUGCUGGUGCCUACACAGUUUGUAGGGGCCAUCAUCGGCAAGGAGGGCCUCACCAUCAAGAACGUCACCAAACAGACACAGUCAAAAGUGGACAUCCAUCGGAAGGAGAAUGCAGGAGCAGCGGAGAAGCCCAUCACCAUUCACUCCACCCCUGAGGGAUGUUCCUCUGCCUGCCAUAUGAUCCUCCAUAUCAUGCAGAAGGAGGCCAGCGAGACCAAGGCGAUGGAGGAGGUUCCCCUGAAGAUUUUGGCCCACAACAGCCUGGUUGGACGGUUGAUUGGAAAGGAGGGAAGGAACCUGAAGAAGAUUGAAGAUGAAACAGGGACCAAAAUUACCAUCUCUUCGCUACAGGACCUCACCAUCUACAACCCUGAGCGCACGAUAACGGUACAGGGCAGUCUGGAGGCUUGCUGCAAGGCUGAGGGCGAGAUCAUGAGGAAACUGAGGGAAGCAUACGAGAACGACAUUGCUGCUAUUAACCAACAAACCAACCUUAUACCUGGGCUCAGCCUCAGCUCCUUGGGGAUCUUCUCCAGUGGUCUGUCUGUCUUACCGCCUUCAGCUGGACCCAGAGGGGCUCCCCCUGCACCCCCGCAGGGGUACAACCCCUUCUUAAGUCACUCCCACCCCAGUGGCUUAUACAGCGUUCCACCUGCCAGCGCCAUUCUACACCAGCACUCCGCUGCAGAACAGGAGGUGGUCUAUCUCUUCAUUCCCACCCAGGCAGUAGGGGCUCUGAUCGGGAAGAAAGGACAGCACAUCAAACAACUAGCACGCUUCGCUGGGGCCUCUAUCAAGAUUGCCCCGGCAGAGAACCCUGACGUUACUGAGAGGAUGGUCAUCAUCACUGGACCUCCAGAAGCUCAGUUUAAGGCCCAGGGAAGGAUAUUUGGGAAGCUGAAAGAGGAGAACUUCUUUACAGCGAAGGAAGAAGUCAAACUGGAGACACAUAUCAAAGUUCCCUCAACCGCAGCCGGGCGUGUUAUCGGCAAGGGAGGCAAGACUGUCAACGAGCUACAAAACCUGACCAGUGCAGAGGUCAUCGUGCCACGGGACCAAACACCAGAUGAGAACGAUGAGGUCUUUGUGAAGAUAAGCGGACAUUUCUUUGCCAGUCAGACUGCUCAGAGAAAGAUCCGUGAGAUCAUCCAGCAGGUAAAACAACAGGAACACAAACACCAGCAGCAGGGCCCUCCCAGCAUGCACCACUCCAAGUGACAAGCAGGCGGUGCAGGGCGGCUUCCUCCUUCCCUCCAGUGGGCACCAGCCAAUGAAUGUAGCCCUACCACCUGGACGGACAACCAGACCAGCCAAUGGGACAGGCAAGGCAGACCAGCAGACUGGGAACAAAACCAAAGAACUUCAUUGUUUGGGGGAAAAGUGAUAGAGCCGUGGGGCAUGAAGAGCACUGCCAGGCCGGAGAUGACUUUAGGAGGAGAGCAGUCAAUCUAAUGGAAAUAUUAAAACAAAAUAUAUAUACACAAAAACAGAAUAAGGGGUGCGAAAGCAGGCAGGCAGAGAAUUGGCAUUGGAGUAUUGUUCUCAGUUAAAACAGGGUUUAUUAGGACACCAGCCCUGCUCAGUAACCUUCUCUCCUUAGAUGGACUAACAUACCGUAGGCUUAACCGACAGACAGCUCAGUGAAGCGGCUAUGGCAUUACUCUGGCCUGAGCACCGUCUCUGUCUGACGGUGUGGUGAAGUUGGUUCUUUAGCUUGGUGGGAUGACGGUGGUUCUUUAGCUUGGUGGGAUGACGGUGGUUCUUUAGCUUGGUGGGAUGACGGUGGUUCUUUAGCUUGGUUGGAUGACGGUGGUUCUUUAGCUUGGUGGGAUGACGGUGGUUCUUUAGCUUGGUGGGAUGACGGUGGUUCUUUAGCUUGGUGGGAUGACGGUGGUUCUUUAGCUUGGUGGGAUGACGGUGGUUCUUUAGCUUGGUGGGAUGACGGUGGUUCUUUAGCUUGGUGGGAUGACGGUGGUUCUUUAGCUUGGUUGGAUGACGGUGUGGGAUCAGGACAGGAGGGCAGCUUGUGUUGUUCACACUCAUUAGCAGUUAGUAUCUUAAGCAGUAUUUAAAACACACAGAAACUAGAAAAAAUAGAGUCACGAAUGAUGCCCUAUUUUCCUACGCAGUGCAUUACUUUUUAGGGCUCUGAUUAAAUGCUGUGCACUUGUAGGGAAAAAGGGUGCCAUUUGGGACACAGUGGUAUGCACUUAAAUGGCGGUCCGCUAUUCUGACAGCUGAUAGAAUCACGGACCGGGCUGGGUGCAGGUAUCUAACAGUUUGUUGUUUCCUAGAUUUAUGUGGGAAAAGGAAAAAGGGUCAUUUUCAGUAGUGACAAAAAUCGUUAGUGACACUCAGAUUCUUUAGCUGUUUGCAUUUUUUAGGUCAAAGUAAAACCAACAAAAGAAUAGGAAAACAGGAAAGUGUAGUGAACUGGUUGCUAGUUCUGACUUUGUUUCCAGGGUGUGUGUGACCACAGCCAGGGAUACUCAGCUCCCAACACCUGUUUCUCACUGUUCAUAUCUGAUUCUCCUUUUUACUUUCUGCUUUUCUUUCCGUUCCCCUUUAUAACUGUACAAACACUUAAUUUCUCUGCAACCUCUUUCAUCUCAUUUUCUCUGAACUGGCUUUGUUUUUUCUUUGUUUUUUACAUGAUAAAGUUUUUGUUUUCAAUAAGCAGUUUUGCAGCCUUUUAAUAACGUUUAAUUGACUGCCACCCCCCCCCCCAAUCCUCCACUACCAUCACCUCCCAAACCCCCAGCUCUACCAUCUCCACCACCACAACCACCACCAUCACCUCCCAAACCCCCAGCUCUACCAUCUCCACCACCACAACCACCAC